AGCAAGACUGCCAUGCUGCAAAGCAACCAAGCGGAUUCAUAUUCCUGCUGAUUGUGAGAUACUCACAAAACCACUGGCGUCCAUGCAUGCAAUGACUAUCAGCAAAGGAGCAGCUAGCUAUUGAAUUUAUCCUCUAGGGUGCAGAAAAGUUCUGGAAGGAUUACUGAACUGCCAGGAGGUAUACAUGCUUUAUAGCUGAGUUCACUUGCUGGCAUAAAAACCUCAAGCCAUCUUCUGAUCCUAGUUAGAGGGUGUCUCCAUUUGAGACCCAGCAACAUUGUACAGAAAAAGACUCCAGUACCUCUGGUUACAUCAUGGUGGUGCAGAAUAAUCUGGAUAUUGGGGAAACUAGGAAAGGAAUCCUGCUGGAACCAUUCAUCCACCAGGUUGGAGGACAUAUGAGUAUGAUGAAAUAUGAUGACUGCACAGUCUGCAAGCCCCUUGUCUCCCAGGAACGAUGGUUCUAUGAAUCUCUUCCAACAGCAGUGAAACAGUUCACUCCUCAUUACAAAGGUGUAAUAUCUGUACAUCUCAAGAAGAACAGCAUGGGAAAUCUGAGUCUCAUAGCCUGUCCACAAAUAGAUAACCACAAUUCCUUGGAUAACAGCUCAAAGGAGUGUUCAGUGACAAUAUGGCAGAAACUCAACCAAACAAACACCAGCAAGAAAGACCACACACAUGUCAAAUGGAAUCACAGCCCACUUACAAAUGUCAUUGAAAGCAGCUGCCAUGGGAAAGCACUACUGCAGACAGAUCUUCAGUGCCACCAAGAUGCAUCAUCACUUAUGGAGGAUGCCAAUGGGAACCGAAAAGAAAAUAACAGCUUUAACCCCUGGGGAUUGCACUGCCACAAACAGCAUCUAAACCGCAUGUCUUCCAAGUAUAAUGAGAAUAAGCUUCAUCAAUUUCUGUUGCUUGAAAAUGUUGUAUCCAAAUAUAAAUACCCAUGCAUUCUGGACUUAAAGAUGGGAAUCAGGCAGCAUGGUGAUGAUGCAUCAGAGGAGAAGAAAGCACGCCAAAUUAGGAAAUGUGAACAGAGUACAUCAGCCUCCCUUGGAGUCCGCAUCUGUGGCAUGCAGGUUUACCAGGCAGAUACCGUCCAAUAUAUUUGCAAGGAUAAGUACUACGGACGGAAACUUUCACCAGAUGGCUUCAAGCAAGCCCUCUGCCAGUUCCUUCACAAUGGGAAACGUUUUAGAACAGACCUUGUGGAACCAGUUCUGUUUCAGCUGAAUACUCUGCUAUCUGUCAUCAGAGACCAGAAUUCUUACCGGUUCUUCUCUAGCUCACUUCUCAUAAACUAUGAGGGACUGGACAAAACAAUGCCCUCAGACAGUGACUUUCAGGGGCGUUAUCAGAACAUAGGCUGCUCUGCUUCACAUGGAAAUAGCCAUCCUAAAGUUGAUGUUCGCAUGAUAGACUUUGCUCACACAACCUACAAAGACUCAAGGUAUGAGGGACCAGAUCUUGGCUAUAUUUUUGGUCUAGAAAACUUAAUUAAAAUUAUCCAGAGUAUACCCAUGGGAGAAUGACAACUGCUGAAUUGAAAAAGCCGUCUUGAUUUUAAACUGCAGAACUUGUACAUUGGGCUGAUAGUAGGAAGCCCUCCCAGCUACUACAGCAAUAAAAAGGGCAGUUUGCUAAGGAAAGCUCAAAUGAUGCUAUAUGCCACUAUGGAUUGAGCAGAAUUCCUCAUAAUUGUGAACCAUUAGAAGAUUUCCUUUUCUAACAUUACUGUUGCCUAUUCAUGUCAUUUGUGAAAAAGAAUACUUGAAAAGAACUUGAAGAGUUAAGGACUUUUUUUUUAAUGAAGUGCCAUCCAGAUUUGCUGGGCUAGCAAGGACCAAGCAACUACCAAGCUCAUGAAAAGAGCUAUGCAGAUAUGCUGGCAGGUCCUUAAAACAAUUCAGCUUAAUUCAUCCAAUUUGAUGGGUUAAGAAGGGCAAUCACUGUUCAACAAGCUUAGCUACUAAACAGCAAUACUUUAAAAACUUUAAUUCCUUGUUCCUUUGUAUUCCAUGCUAGUCUGUGCACCAAAGUAUUUUCCAAGGGAUAAGUACAAUCAGAGCCACAAUCAGAAGCAGUAGGUACCAGAUAUUCUCAGAGAAAUAAUGCAAGAUGUAGAUGGAAGAAGAAGAGACUUGUCACAGAGAGGGUGCAAAAUCUGGAAAGGGCAGUUAUUCAUACCUUGAUACUUCAUGUUGGAGUUACAUUGCCUGAGGAGUUAAGACAAUCUUGAAAUGUGGGUGCACUGAUAUCAUGCUUAGGGCCCAAAAGUCAUUUUAUGUCAACAUUUCUGUGCAUGUAUGUAUUUUUUGUGCUUGUGGGUAACCAUUACAACAAACUUUACAAAAUGUUUACAGGAGUCUGGGAUAUAUUAUUGGUAAAUAAAGCAGCACUGCUCCCACAUCACAUGGAAAACCUGUUUGAGUAUUGUAAAUGCAGAAUAUAUUUAGAAAUAUGCAAACAAGAUAGAAUGUGAAACUGUAAAUAAAGUGUAUGGG